AUGUCUGCUUUUGCUUGUUUUAUCAUUGGCCAUUACAGGUUUAGCUUGACUACGUUUUGCUUUGCCUGUGCAACAGGAGUUGCAGCCUUUUAUAUGCUGUCUAGCACCGUAUUGGAAGGUUUUGAAUGGCAAAUUGAAAAGAUUGAUGGCGCAAAGAAGCUGAUUGAUCUGGGCAAUCAUGAAAACAACGGUGAAACCAUGGAGUGGUUCAAUGGCAUUGCUGAAAAGGUCUGGCGUUCUGUUGAUCCUAGAAUUUUCAUGGUUGUAGAAGACAUCUUGGAAGAUACUUUAGCCAGAGUGGCACCCAAAGUGAUCAAAGCGGCUCGUGUGGCUGACUUCGACUUGGGCACAGCAGCACCUCGCAUUGAAAAGCUUCAGAUCUUUCCUCCUUCUCCCCAUCAACCACCCGAAAGCAUCUUUGGUGAAUGUGAAUUCAGCCUUCGAGCAGAUAGCUCUGCUACUCCUUCUCCAGGCUCCACGGCACGCCAUGUCACAGCGCCAGGUGCCUCAAUCCGCUUCAAAACCGGUAUCAAUGCUGCUUUGGAUGUGCGUGGUGAAUUGACCAAAAUUACAGGCAAGAUGCGGUUCCACCUUGUGACCUCACCACAAAUUCCAUUUGUAUCUACAGUGACCAUUUCAUUCACAAGUGCACCUACUAUCGAAACGGCUGUAAUGCCCAUCAGCAAGAGAUUGAAUGUAAUGAGACUUCCCAUGUUGAAAACUCUGGUUAAUGAAGGUGUCAAGUUGGGAUUCAAGCAGCUGGUGGAUCCAGAAAGUCUCACUAUUGAUGUUGCAAAGAUCAUGGCCACACAAUCUGAUACAUUUGCUAUUGGACUUAUUCAAGCCGAAAUCAGACAAGUUAAGCGAUUAAAGGCCAAAUCCAAAGACCCCGAGAAUCUCUUUGUUACCUUGGCAUCAAGUAGCGCAGCGAUGAAGAACAACAUCAAGAGCACCCGUGUAUUGUCAAACAAGAAGGAUCCCAUCUGGAAUGAAUACUUACAUCAGUUGGUCACCUCAGAUGACAUUAAGAACGAUGUCUAUUUCAACAUUAAAGUCAUGAAAGCAGACAAAGUCAAGAACGAUCAAUAUUGGGGCUCUAUUUCAGCUUCUGUCAAGGAUAUUACAUUGGGCCAGUUGGAUAAAAAUGAAAACGUCUCUUCCUGGUGCACAUCUGAGCGCGUCAUGUACGAUGGUUGGGUUCCUAUUGACGGCAAAUCUAAGCAAGCUUCUGAAGCCUUGUUGAAUCUCAAGCUGACAUUUCACCCCAAGUAUGUGAUCCCUGAAGAGAAGCGCUCCAAAACCGAGCAAGUUAAAAGAGAAAAAUUGAAGCAACAGCAAGAAAAGAAGGAAAAGAAGCGUCUGGCCGAACAAGAACGCAAAUCCAGUAAAAAGGUGCGAUUUAGUAUGGUAUUUGACACACCCGCAGACCAACUGGGACAAGCAAUGGGGGAGAUUGCGGAAAAGACCAAAGAAAACACGGUAUCGAGUAAAGCUCACCAUGCUCAGGAUGAGCAGUAUGAUUUGCAAGGAGGUCAAGUUGCGCUGAAGUCUGAUAAUGACUCGGAUCUGAGUAAAAGUGAAUUGGUGAACAUACGAGACGAGUAUGUCAAAGACGAUACAAGCGAGACGGAUACGUUGGUGGAUGCAGAUCAAGCAGCAGCAGAAGCAGAGUUGGAGGAUGAACUAAACUACUAUGAGCCAGGUGAAACGGUGUUUCCCGAGCACAAGUCUGGUAUUUUGUCCAUCACAAUCACCCAAGCCAAGGACCUGGAGAUUGUCGAUCCUGAUCUUAUGACAUUCAAGAAGCGUAGACAUCCUUAUAGCGCUGACAAAUCAGUCAAUCCCUAUGCGCUUGUUUAUGUCAAUGACAGAAAAGUGUUUCAAACAAGACCCAAGAUGAAGACGAGCUGUCCUUAUUGGAAUGCGGAUACCGAGUGCUUUCUCAAAAACUAUGAUACGUCGUUUAUCCGUAUCAGCGUCAAGACAAACAUCGAUCUAGAACAUGAUCCUGUCAUUGGCACCAAUGUACUCAAGAUCAGUGAUUUGUUUGAUGGUCCUGUCAGAAAGGUCAAAGAAGCAGAGCGUUGGAUUACACUCAAACAUGGUAUUGGCUAUGGCAGAGUAUUACUCAAUCUCACCUACAAGCCCAUCAAGCUGACCUUGCCCAGAGAGCUGUCUGGUUCAGAUGUCGGCACCUUGGUCAUUGAAAGCAUCCAGCUAACCAACCUCAAGAACGCCAUGGACAACAAAAAUCUCAAGCACACCAGAGCCACUUUAUCACUCAAUGUGGAACCCAAGGUCCAGAAACACUUGCAAUCCAGCGCAUUGACACAAGAGAAAUCUGGCAGUACGUGGGACUGGUCUGCAAAUAGCAGCUACUUUCCGCUCCUUAUGCGCUAUAAAACAGCUGUUUUCAUUCAGCUCUUUCAAGGCAUGGGUGCUCAUAAAGCAACAGCCCGUUUAUGGAUGAAGGAAAUUGUGGACUAUGAGUGGCAAGAGUUGACGCUUGGAUUGCAUGACUACACGCCAGAGACCGGUGAUGGCAAUCGCGACGAACUCUCCUGGGGAUCGGAUGGGCCCAAUGGCCAAAUUGUAUUGCGACUCAAGUUUGUGCCUGGCUUUUCACCUGUGCAUGCACAGCUGCCUAGCUUCAAGCUAGAUAUGCUGGGUGCUGAUCCGUUCCAAAAGGAUGAUGCUUGGGAGAAGGCUCAUCUGUUGAUUCAGAAGGAGGGCUCUGAAAACUAUGCUAUUAGUGUUCCUGUUACCUGUGGUAUCGACAAGGACAAAAGAGAACAGGUGAUGGAGCAAAUGGACAAGAGCCAACGAGCCAACAACAAGAGAAGAGCAAGUACAUUGAUCGAUAUUAGUAAGAACAAGAAACGCAAUGCCAGACAAAUGUCCUUGGCCACAUUGACUGAGAAGCAGCGAAAUGAUCUGGUGCAGCUCCUGCAACAACAAGACGAGAACGGCCAUGUCCACAGUGGACGCAGUGUGCCCAAAUUCGAUGUCUUUAAAUCAGAAUCUUACAGUCAGCCUGCUGCUAUGGCGUCGACAUCCACUCCUGGAGAAAUAAUGCAGACAGCUGCUCAUCAAAGUGGUCAACAGCCACAACAACGUAAAUUGAGCGACACACCUACCACUAGCUUUGACGUGUUCAGGAGUCAACGGCAAGACAGAAGAUCAAGUAACAGCACUCACUCGGUGCCUGCAAACUACGCCAAUCGCAAUAGCGCAGCAUCAACAUCCGGAUACGACUUUUACAACACGAAUAGAAGAAUCUCUGAAGCCAGUACAUCUUCAUCCGUAUCUGCUGCUACUCCUAGUACCCCUCCUGAAGCAGCAGGUGAUCCCAACACCAAAUCACACCAACUCAUGGAGAUUGAAACUGCCACCUACUUGAAUGCCAUGAGAGAUGGUCUCAAAAACUCAAACAUCCCCAAUUACCAGCUCUUGAGACAGUUGUCUAGAGGCAAAGAUUACUUUACAGAGCAAUUCAAGGCGUUGCGUGAAGGACCUAAUUCUGAAUUGAGAGCCAAUAAGGCUGUAAUGAAGGAAGUUUAA